AUGGCUGAACAGAACUCUUCUGCCGCCGUGGACCAGACCCCCAUCUCGCCGGUGCGCCCUACUAAUCCUGUGCGACGCGACUCUCUAGAGCAGCACCUGCAGAACCGGCCCAACCGUGAGGAGCUUGUGCAGAAGAACAUCCUGCCUGACUCAACAGCAGCUCCAGGCCUGCAGGCCCAUCAGAAGCAGCUCGAGAAGAGCAUGCGCGCAGAUUCUCUCAACGACAAAAUCUCGCACCGGCCGUCCCCCGAGGAGCUGAUCAAGAAGGGCGUGCUCGACGAGGAUCCGCGGUCGGCUGAGGAGCGGUACGAGGAGGCCAUUGAAGAGGAAUAUGCUAAGCGGGAGGGUGGUGCUUGA